CAGUCCCGACCCCCUCCCUGGUGCUCCUUCUCCCAGGAUCAGGAUGGACCCUCUCCCGGGUCAUGGCCCUCCACCAGUCAGGAGGGACGUUGAUGGGCUGGACCUUCAGCAGGUGCCUGUCCUCUCCCUGGACCAGAUCCGCUCCAUCCGCACCAACAACGACUACGUGGAGCGCCCCGUGACCCUGGACCAUGCCUCCCAGUCUGGCUUCUUCUACGCCCACGAUGACCGCUACCCCAUCACCCACGGAUACCCUCCUCAAGGUUACUCUCAUGGUUACCCUCAGGGGUACCCUCUCCCCCGGAGCCAGAGCCAGCAGCAACACGCCCACCUUGCCCAUCUGAGUCGCUCCAGUACUACCAGUUCAGCCAUGUCCCGGAUCAGUGCUGCCUCCGACCAGAGACUCCUGGUGGGCCUGACGCCCUCCCACUCUGGCCUGGCCUCGGUGGUGCGCUCCCAGCCUAAAGGAGAACUCAAGCCUGAGACUUCUCUGGGUAAAGGCCUGGUGGAGGGAGAGGACCUGGGCUUGCACCUGUUUAUCUGUGAGCUCUGUGGGAGGUGUAAGUGUCAGGAGUGCUGCGCCCCGCGAAGCCUGCCGUCCUGCUGGGCCUGUGGGCAGCGCUGCCUCUGCUCUGCUGAGAGUGCUGUGGAGUAUGGCACCUGUCUGUGCUGCGUCAAGGGCCUGUUCUACCACUGCUCCGCUCAGGAUGACGAGGACAACUGUGCUGACCGGCCCUGCGCCUGCACAUCCUCCCACGCCUGCACCCGCUGGGGCACCAUGGGCCUUCUGUCGCUGUGCCUUCCCUGUCUCUGCUGCUACCCACCUGCCAGGCUGUGCCUCGCCCUGUGCCAGCGGGCCCACGACAGAGCCACCCGCCCCGGCUGCCGCUGCAGCAACACCAACACCGUGUGCCGCAAGAUAUCCACCUCCAACCCCAACCCUGGGCACACCCCCUUCUGCAGCAAGUCCCUCGAAAAGCCUGUAUGACAGGGCUGCAGCGGGAGUCAGCCAUCGCCUAGACAACGCAGUCUCAAUGACAACAUUACUAUGACAACAAACACUGUUGCCAUGACAACGCCAUCGCCCCGCCCCCCACCCGUGACCUACCUACCGUGAACUUUCACCUUACGUACCUUCCAUACUUCUCCUCCUGCCUGAGGAGAAAUGACCAAAAGCUUUACUGUACUUCACUGUAACUGUACUGUACUGUACAUGUGGAGACUUGAGCCGAAACCUGAAAAUCGCCUGGUGAUUUUUGCUGAACUGACUGCCAACCUUAACCUUACUGUGUUACAGUGUGGGCAUACUGCCUCUACCUUCCUCUUACUUUGUGGGCCAGCAUAGCGUACAUACUGUGGCUCUGCACUGUGGGAUGGACUGGGGUUCCUCACUGUGCUGUGUGAUGGACUGGGGUUCCUCACUGUGCUGUGUGAUGGACUGGGGUUCCUCACUGUGCUGUGUGAUGGACUGGGGUUCUUCACUGUGCUGUGUGAUGGACUGGGGUUCCUCACUGUGCUGUGUGAUGGACUGGGGUUCUUCACUGUGCUGUGUGAUGGACUGGGGAUCCUCACUGUGCUGUGUGAUGGACUGGGGAUCCUCACUGUGCUGUGUGAUGGACUGGGGUUCGCUCUGUUAGACUUGACCUAUUUAUUAUUUAUUGGACUUCCUCCUCAGUGAGGUAGAGAGAGAGACAGAGAGAGCGGACCAUGUGUGACUCUGAGUACAGUGAGUAAGCUACUAGAACAAAUCCCAACACAGCCAUUAAUAAAAGGAGUCUCUGGCAAAUGUAUAUUCCAGGCAUGAGAUAUACAGAGACUGGGUGGUCUACAGGGAGUCUACAGGGUGUGCCUCCUUCCAUCCCCUCCCUCCCUGUCACUCUGAAGAGGCAUCCUGGAGCCGACCAACAGAAUGGACAUACAAGAUGUGUCAAUGAGCGCCCAUGGCUGACAUUUUGUGUGAGGCUGAUGCAAAGACCCUAUCCUAAUGGUGGAUCAAAACUCUGAAAUUGAAAAAUGUAUUACUGUUUGACACACCAAAAACGGACCAUGAUGUACUAGGUGAAUCUAAAGUGAUUAAACACAUUUGAUAUGGAAGGCACUAUGAGAUAUAGAGGUGGAUCGUCUGUAGUGUUCCCCAGCUGUCUGUCAUACGAACAGACUAACCUGGGGGGGGGGGUCUGUUAUGACCAGGUAGUGUGUGUAGGCAUGUAUGUCUGUGUAUACGUGUGUGUGUGUGCAUGCACGCGCAUGUUUGUGUAUGUACACUAAUGAUUACGUGUAAGUGUGUAUGUGGGUCUGUGUAUGUUAGUGUGUGUUCUUGCCUGUGUAUGUACAGUAUAUAUGUGUGUGUGUGUGUGUGUAUGUGUGUGUGUGGGACCACAUGUCCCCUUCCUGCAGCAGUGUGUGUCUGGCCUGUCGGUGUUUGCUGUCAGCAGAAGCCUCCUGUUUUAUUUUUAGAGCAGCUGCUUCAGAGGACCCAGAGUCUGGUCAGGUUUCUUCUCCACGGCAGGCUGACGCCAGCCUUCCCCGACCCCUCACCGCCUUCAUCUCCCCCGCCUCACCCCUCCUUACCCGCUGCCUCUAGUCUACCCAUCCCUCAGCCUCCCUCAGUUACCCUCCCCAAGCCUCCCCCCUCCUCUAUUCCUCCCUCCAUCUGGACUGCUGCUGUCCACCGUGCAAAGGGACCAAAGAGACAGCGCUACCCCACAGUCCAAAUACAGAGGGACAUCACAGGAGUUAGGACAGGAAGCCAGAUAAGAAAUUUCACUUUCUUUACAGAUCCGUCCUCAACCCUUACCACUUCGUCCACAACACGAGGCAUUUUGCAACGACAUACAGUAUAUACCUUGACAGGGCUUUUCUCUUCUUGACAGAUUCCUCUGGCCAGUUUGAUAAACCCCAGGCAGGCCCACCCACCGACCCCUAGUCACAUACCCACCCACUCAAUGAACUAAUAGGUUACAGUCCUCCUCCUCUGAGUUGAUCAGGAGGCAAUUAGCUUCUAAUGGGGAAAGAGGGAGGGAUGGAGGGAGGUGUGUGUGGAAGGUGAAAUGGAGGAAAAGAGAGAGUGGGAGAGAUCUGUGGAAGUGGAGGAAGGAGAAAAGGAAAGGACAGAGGAGAUUGGGGACAGGGGGCUGGAGGUUAGGAAGACUGAUGUUAACCUGUGGAAGUGAGGUCAGAACUAAGCAACAUGGGGAGGUGAAGAACAGGUGGGGAGGGAUGGAGGGAUAAAGGGAUAGGGAGGGACUGAGUCUGGGAGGUCUGGUUGUCUUAUGCACUGAUAUCCAAAACCGGGAUGUGAAAAGUAACACGCCAUGUCAAGCAUGUCUGUGUGUGUGUGCUUGUACUGUAUGUAAUGUGUGUCUGCGCGUUUAUUCACCUACACACAUACACACUCAUCCGAGUUGUUAAAGUUGCUUUGCUAUAUUUUUGUAUGUACAUACUGACUGUUAUCCUAUUCAUGUGUGUAUGUUUAUUCCUGCUUUUGUUCCCUUUUUCGAUCUGUUAUCCUGAUCAAUGUUUCUAUGAUUAUUUUCUAUUAUGUUGAACAUUUACUUUGAGUCAGACUUGGUCAAUACUUCUAACCGUUUUAGAGGUUUUUCACUGUGGAGGAGAAGCUCACUGACCAUAGGCCAAACCUGUUAUUUGUACCUCAACUUCACUAUCUCCUCUGGGAUUCAUUUCACACGCACACAUUCAGACACACACAAAUACACACUCACGCACACACUUCACGGCCACUGUGCAAGGCCCAGGUUAAUGGUCUCUCCUCCACAGUCCAGCCCGUGUAGAGCUCUCCCAGGUGGUCAGAUGUUGAGUGGAAGGGCUCAGUGUAUAGGUACUGUACUGUACAGUACAUGCAUUUCUACAGAAUAACAACUAACCCUCUAGGGUGCUGUAUGCAGGCUACAGGUUAACCACUAAACCUCCCCAUGUCGUAUUAGUAAAUAUUGCUUUGGUACAAUUGGCAUCUUGUAUGUUGUAAAAGAAUUUAAGGAGAAUAUAUGGACACAGAAAUUUAUCAAAAUGAAUAUAUUAUAUAUAUAUUAAAUAUACAUUUCACACAUAUUUCUUUUCCGUUGCUGAUAUUACAGAUGCGUCACAGAUAUUUAUUUAAUGGUUGCGAUGAGAGAAAAGUAUUUAUUUAACGGUGGAUGUUGCGAGGAUGAUGAUGACUGUUGUUGGCUUUUUGGUUUGGUAUCUCUUGGAGUGGUGUGGCGGCUGCAGCCCUCAUGGCUAAAGAUAACCAAUAAAAGGUAUUUCCAAACG